ACAAUAUAGGAAGAAAAGCAUUUUAUCUUCCAGGCUGUUUGAACCAUCAUUAUUCCCAAAGUUAAAUAGAAAAAACCUCCAGUAUCAUAAAAUAAUGGAGGAUAAUGAUUACCUUGGACUUAAAAGAUCAAAAAAUCCUUUGCAAAUAAAAAAGUUCCUGAAUGGCGUUGAUAGCAGCAAUACAGGAUUCCAGGAACCAUAUUCAAAGGAUGGUAUAAACUUUAAGAAACCUUCAGAGAAGAUUGAAAUUCAUGACUCAAAGUCUAUACCACAUAACUUGAAGAGUAUUACGAGCCUCAAAAAGUCUCUGGAUAAAAGUGAUACUUUUAGUAUCCCCAAAUGUCAGAAGCCAGCUGUGAGAAGGCAUUCCAGCCCCCUAAAACAGGUUUCAUUGAAGGAAAAAGCUGCAGUGAAUGCUCUGGAAAACAUAUGUAACGCUAUCAAUAAACUCCAAGAAAAUUACAUUGCUGCAGAAGAACUUCAGUCCAUUUUACCUUCAAUAGGAAUUACUUUAUCAGACAAAGAGUUCAAGAAGAUUGUGACAGACACUAGUGAACAUGAAAGUGGAAUGGUGAACUUAGAUGACUUUAUGAAUGCUCUCUCCAUGGAGCAAAGUGUUCCUGAAUAUGAUGUGUUGACUGAUGUCAUUAAAGCCCUUGAUAAAAUUAAAGAUGAAAAUAUGGAUUAUGAGGAUCUGAAUACUUGUCUUCAGGAUUUUGGAGUUUACCUUUCUAAGCCAGAAUUUGAGAAGAUCAAAGAGCUGACUGAAGCUAAUGAAACAAAAAAGGCAAAUUUUAAAGAAUUCAUUGAUACGAUGAUGACCAAUACGGAACGCUUCUCUGAAAAAUUACUAUUGCCUGAGACUAUUGAAAACCUCCAUAAUCUCAGCAAAGAGAAGAUGAAUGCUUCUCUCCUGUGGAACACUCUGUCCAGGAGGAAUAAUUACUUGAAAAAAAGAGAAUUCCUAGAUGCAAUGAAAUUAGCAACAAUUGAUGAAGAAGAUGAAGUACAAAUAGAAGAAUUGGGAAAAGUGGUAAAGGAUAUGCGUGAUGCCUCCAGGUUAAAAGAGUUACAGGACAUUGUCUUAGGUCUUGAUGUGCUUGAAGGUGACAUGAUACCUGGGAAGAACUUAGAGACCUUUCUAGAAAAUAUUGGGAUUAAGUCACCUGAAGAAGAGGUAGAGAAAAUUCUUCAAUCAGAUUUUAUUUCUGAUGACAACAUGGUGAAUGUUAAAGACUGUAUGAAGGCUUUGAAGGACAACCAGAAAUUUUCCAAUUUUAUUGCAUUGAAUGACAUCAUCAAUACAUUGGACUCUACGGAAGAAAGUGAUCAGUCUGGUAAGGACAAAUAUGCAGAUGUGGUUGGAAACACCAAUAGAAUUUAUUUCACUGUUGAAAGUCUUCAAGAAAUACUGGAUGAUUCCUUUGUUGAGGAUUUUAGGAAAGCGGCUUUGUCUUCAAAUCUGAGACUACCAAAAGCAGAUGAGAUUAAAGAAGCUGCUCAUAUCUUGUCAAGUGUUGAUAACAGCAAGAUUGGUAUACCUAACUUGGAACAUGCCCUGGAAAGUUUGAAUGUUAAUUUGACUGAAGAGGACAUCAGUGAAGCCCUUAAAUGUUGUGACAUCAGUGAUAAUAAGGAGGUGAAUUUAAAAGAUUUCUUUGAAAGAAUUAAAGAAAGUCCACAUUUCAAAGAGUCCAUAGCUACACAGCUACUCUUAGCUACUACCCAAAUUCUCCAGAAUGAUCUAAUUGAUGCCUCUGACCUCAAAGCAUUAUUGAUGAACAAUGACUUUUAUGCAGCUAAUGUUUUACUUAAUGAAGUAUUAAGACAUGAACCUGAACAUGAAAAUGGCAAGAUUACCAUUCAAGAAUUUUUAACUAAGUUCUGCAAGAUAUUGAGAACUUCCAGAGUCACAGGACAUAAUCAAUUUUACAACAUCAACAUUCACAAAAAUGAACUUACAGCCGUUCCUGACCUUCAGCAAAAUUUAAAUGUCAUUGGAAUCUAUCUAACAGAUGAUAAAAUAAAGGAGGUUUUAGAUAAUACUAAUCCUAAUGAUGAAGUGGUGAAUUUUAAGGAUUUUAUCAGAGCAUUGAACAACAGUGAUGAAUUUAUCGAGUGCCAAAAAGAUAAAAAGAUCUUAGAUAUAAUUGAUGUUUUCACUAAUUCACCUAAACCAUCAACACCAUUCAACAAUUUAUUUAAAGAGAUUACAACUCUUGAUAAGAUAAAAAAUGAUAAGAUGCCUGCAAAUGAACUGAGCUUCCAACUCUUGAGUGCUGGAAUUCCAUUAAGCAACAAGACUUUCUGGGAGAUUCUGGGUCAAGCAUCUAUUGAUGAAAAUAGUGAAGUUAGUCUCAAACAAAUUUUGGAGUCUUUGAAUACAAAUAAGCCAGCUCCUGAAUUUGAAGAUUUAUCUACUGCCCUCCAGACUGUCAACUUGAUGGACUGCAACAAAAUUCAAAUUAACAACUUGCAAGAUGCUUUCAAUGACCUCAAUGUUUCUCUAAAGCCUGAAGAACACCAGAUGUUAGAGAAAACGCUUGAUGUUGAUGAAAAGGGAGAUGUUUCCCUAAAGACUGCCCUUUUAGCACUGAAGAGCAAUAAGCGUUUGCAAGACUUUAGAGAGGUUAAUGAACUUGCAAAUGCCUUAAACAAAGUCACCAAUGAAAAAGUUGAUGUUGAUGAAGUAAAAUCUAUACUGAAAGGCCUGGGGAUUUAUUUCCCAAAGGAAGAAUUACAGGAGGUGCUUACAUCCAUUCCUCUUGAUAACGAGGGGAAAGUGGACUUAAAAGAUUGUCUGACCCAGUUAAAGAAAAUGCCAUAUUUUACAAAAGUUUCAAAAAAAGAAGCCCCCCUGAAAGCUCUGGCUGCCAUUAGGAAAAAUGUGGUCACUCCUGAUGACCUAGGCUUCAUUAUGAAAAAUAUAGGAGUUCCAUUACCUGAAGAUGUGCUUCAAAGAUCACUGCAGACAGAGGAUGGGAAAGUGAAUUUAGAAGAGUUUAUGGGCAAUUUAAUCAAUUCAGGAUUUUCACCUCUACCUGAAAGAAGUAGGGUUGAUGACAACAACCUAGACAGUUUUCCAGGAAACAUGAGGAUGCAGAUGUCAGCUGAUAAGAAAGUGAACAAGAAGAAUGGGAUAAAAGAUAGAAGAUCAUCUGCUGCUAAAAGGAAGACUGAUCUGAAAACACUGAUGGAUACAGUACAAGAUAAUACAGGAGGAGAAGUUGACCUCAGUGAGCUGGAUAAUAUCCUGCAAAAAAUGGGGAUAGAGCCCUCACCUAAAGAACACUUGGGGCUGGAGAAGUCACUUCCAGUUAAUGCUAGUAGAAAUAUAUAUAAGAAUAGGUUGCUGACUUGUCCAGAAGAUAUAAAAGUCGAUGAACAUGACCUUGACUCUAUUCUUGAACACAUGGCAAUCAAACUUAAAACUGAGGAACUUAAUGAUCUUACUCCAACUCCACCAGUUGAGGCUAAUGGGAAGUUUGGUGUCAAUAUCUUAACAGAUGGAAUGGAUGGAGUAAAAGCUAUUACAGGAGAGGUUGAUGUCAAUGACUUGAAAAAAGUUCCAGGAAACAUGGGGAGAGAACUCAAAGAUAAGAAACAUAGGGUGUUGUUGAACAAUCUGCCAAUCGAUGGAGGGAAGCUUAAUGUGAGUAAUUUGGACAGCAUUCUGGGGGAAAUGAGGAUUAAGCUCCCAGAAAAGGAAUGGGAAAAACUGACAGAAAACCUUCUACUUAAUGGAGAGAUUAUUGAUGUCAAUAAAGUGGAUGAUCCUUUGCAAAAUAUGGGGAUGAACUUUUCAGAAGAGGAAAUUAAUGAUCUGACACAUGAUCUACCAGUUGAUGUUCAUGGGAAGGUUGAAAUGAAAAAGCACAUGGAUGGAAUAAAACCUUUUACAGGAAAAAAGGUUCAUGUCAGUGAGCUAGAGAAAGUUCUGGGAAGCAUGGGGAUCGAGCUCACAGAUGAGGAACUUAAAAAACUACAGGAAACUCUGCCGUUUGAUGCUGCUGAAAACGUAUUUCAGAACAGAAUGUUGGAUGAUGUGAAAGCCAUUAAAGAAGGAAAGGUCAAGGUGAAUAACCUGGACACUGCCCUGGAAAGCCUGGGAAUCAAGCUCACACAAAAGGAACUUGAAGGUGUAACAGAAAAUCUGCCACUUACUGCUACUGGAAAGGUGUAUCAGAACAGAUUGUUGGACGGUGUGAAGUCUAUAAAAGGAGGAAUGGUUAAAGUCAAUAACCUAGACAAUGUUCUGGAAAACCUAGGAAUUGAACUCACAGAAAAGGAACGUGAAGGUCUGACAGAAUAUUUGACACCUGAUGCUAAUGGGAAGAUUGGUCUCAAAAAAUUGGUGGAAGCAGUGAAAACUAUUACAGGAGGAGAGGUUGAUGUCAGUGAUGUGGGAAAUGUCCUGGAAAACAUAGGAGUGAGUGUCACAGAUAAGGAAUGUGGAGAGCUAGUAAAAAAUCUGCCAGUUAAUGCUAAUGGGACAGUCUACAAGAAUAGGUUGCUGGAUGGUUUGAAGUCUCUUAAUGGAGGGAUUGUUAAUGUCAAUAAACUCGAUUCGGUUUUGAAAACCAUGGGAUGGAAACUCACGGAAGACGAAAUUAAGGAUCUCAAAUGCAACCUGCCUACUGAUGUGUAUGGGAAGGUUGCAAUGAGAAAGUUGUUUGAUGGAUUGAAAGCUUCUACAGGAAAAAAGAUGAAUGUGCAACAUGUAUCACAUUCUGUGAGGAAUUUGGGUGUUGAGCUAACAGAUAAAGAACAAAAGAGGCUGCUGAAGAAGCUUGCAGUUGAUGCUUCUGGGAAGAUCUAUCAAAAUAGAUUGUUGAAUAAUCUGAAGUCUUUCAAAGGAGGAAAGGUUGAAAGAAGUAAAGUCAAUACAGUUCUAGAAAACAUGGGAAUCGAGCUCACAGGAAAGGAGCUUCAAAGUCUAACAGAUCACCUACCAGUUGAUGGUAAUGGGAAGGUUGAUUUUGAUAAGUUAAUGGAUGGAGUGAAAACUCUUACAGGAGGGGAGAUUGAUGUCAGUGAUGUGGGAAAUAGUCUAGGAAACAUGGGACUAGAGCUCACAAAAAAGGAAUGGUUGACGCUGCUGAAAAAUCUACCAAUAAAUGCAGAUGGAAAGAUCUAUCAAAAUAGGCUAAUGGAUGCUGUUAAGUCUCUUCGAGGAGGAAUGGUUAAUGUCAACAAGCUGGACACAGUUCUGGGAAAUAUGGGCAUGAGCCUUACAGAAGAGGAACUUAGAGAUCUGACACAGAAUCUUCCAGAAAAUGGUGAAAAGGUUGAUAUCGAUAACUUGGAAAAUGUACUGAGAAAUAUGGGGAUUGAACUCGCUGAUCCAGAAUAUACAAAGCUCGUGAAAGCACUGCCCAUUGGUGAUGAUGGAAAGGUGUAUCAAAAUAGGAUAUUAGAGUCUAUGAAGUCUUUAAAAAGAGGAAAAGUUGAUAUCAACAGCCUGAUACCUCUUCUGGAAAAAAUGGGUAUCAAGAUCACUGAAAAUGAACUUGCACAGCUGAGAGAAAAUCUACCUGUUGAUGCUGUUGGAAAAGCUGAUCUGAGUCAAGUGAUGGAUAGAGUGAAAGCUGUUACAGGAGAAAAGGCUGAUCUCAACUGUUCCGAAAACAUGGGGAUAGAACUUGAAUAUAAAGAAUGCUUGGACCUGAUGAAAUGUCUUCCUUCUAAGGAUGAUGACAAGAUCUUUCAAAACAGGUUGCUAGAAGUUGUGAAGUCUCUAAAAGAUGGGAAAGUCAAUGUCAAUGACUUGAAUGCUCUACUGCAUAAUAUGGGAAUCAAGAUCUCAGAUAAGGAACUUAAGGCUCUGACUAAAAAUCUCCUUGCUGAUGUUGAUAGAAGGAUUUCACUAAAAAAACCAAUGAAUGAAGUGAAAGCUAAUUUUACAGGUGAGAAGAUUGAUUCUAGUGACCUGAAAAAUUUCCUGGGAAGCCUGGGGAUUGAGCUCACAGAUAAGGAAAAAGAGAAGCUGUUGAAAACACUGCCAGCGGAUGCUGCUGGAAAGGUGUAUCAAAAUGGGUUGCUCAAGAGUAUGAAGUCUCUCAAUGCGGGGAAGGUUCAUGCAAACGACCUGGACAGCAUUCUAAAAAAAUUGGGAAUUGAGCUCACAGAAGAGGAACUUGCAGAUCUGUCAGAAAACCUACAAGCUGAUGGUAACGGGAUGGUUGGUCUGAAAGAGGUGAUGGAUGGAGUAAAAGCUACUACAGGAGGAGAGGUCGAUGCCAAAGAUGUGAAAACUAUUCUGAAAAACAUGGGAAUAGAGUUCACAGAUAAGGAACGUUUGAAGCUGAUGAAAAAUCUGCCUUUCAAUGAUGAUAACAAAGUCUUUAAGAACAGGUUGCUAGAAGGUGUGAAGUCUCUUAAAGGUGGGAAGGUCAAUAUCAACAACCUGGACACCAUUCUGAACAACCUGGGGAUCAAGCUUGCAGAUACGGAACUUAAAGAUCUGGCUGAAAACAUGCAUGUUGGUGUUGAUGAGAAAAUUCCUCUAGAAACACUGAUGGAAAACAUCACAGAUUUUACAGGUGAGAAGAUUGAGUCAAGUGAUCUAAAAAAUGUUCUGGGAAAUCUGGGAAUUGAGCUUGCAGAUAAGGAACGAGAGAAGGUGCAGAAAAUGCUGCCAAUUGAUGCCAAUGGAAAGUUAUAUCGUAACAGAUUACUGAAGGCUAUGAAGUCUCUCAAAGAUGGGAAGAUGAAAAAGAAUAACCUCCACACUAAUUUGGAAAAUAUGGGAAUGAAGCUCACAGAAGAGGAAUUUGCGGAAUUGUCAGGACAACUACAAGUUGAUGCAAAUGGGAAUGUUGAUCUGCCCAAGUUGAUGGAAGCAGUGAAAGCUAUUACAGGGAAGAUUGACAUCAAGAACUUGGAAACCGUUCUAGGCAACAUGGGAAUCAAGCUCACUGACAAGGAAAUUGAAGAUCUGAAACAAAACCUGCCAAUCAGUGUUGAUAAUAAAGUUGCUCUGAAAACUUUGGAGGAUGAAGUGAAAGCUUUUACAGGAGAAAAGAUUGAUUCAAGGGACCUACAAAAUAUUCUGAAAGACAUGGGGAUUGAACUUACAAAUAAGGAACACAAGCACCUGCUGAAAACACUGCCCAUUGAUGCUCAUGAAAAGGUGUUUCGAAACAGGUUGCUGAGAGAUGUGAGAUAUAAUAAAAGAGGGAAGGUUGAUGUAAAUAAACUGGAUCCUGUUUUAGAAGCCAUGGAGGUCAAUCUUACAGAGCAGGAACUCGAUCUGAUAAAGGAGCUUCUGAGCGGCUACAAGAAAGUUGAUCUGAAAAGCCUGAUGGAUAAGGUAGAAGCUGUUACAGGAGAGGAAGUUGAUGUCAACGACAUAGGAACAGUUCUAGGAAACAUGGGAAUAGAACUCACAGAUAAAGAACUCUCGCAACUGGUGAAAAAUCUGCCAGUUGAUAAUGGAAAGGUCUACCAAAGAAGGUUGCUGGAUUGUAUAAAGUUUCUUAAAGGAGGGAAGAUUGAUUCCAGUAAAGUGGAUGCAGUGUUGGGAAACAUGGGCAUGGACCUCACUGAAAAGGAGCUUAAAGACGUAACACAAAACCUGCCAGUUGAUGUUAAAGGUAAAGUUGAUCUGGAAAAGCUGAUGAAUGAAAUAAAAUCUUUUUCGGGAGGCAAAGUUGAUGCUAAUAAACUUGAAAGUGUUUUGGAAAACUUGGGGCUUGAGCUCACACCUAAUGAACGUUUGAAUUUGUUGAAGACACUGCCACUUAAUGCAGAUGGAAAAGUAUAUCAAAAAAGGUUGAUGAAGGGCAUAAAGUCUCUCAAACAAGGCAAUGUUGAUGUCAACAAGCUGGACACUCUUUUAGAAAACAUGGGAAUCAGCAUCAAAGAAAAAGAAUUCAUGGAUCUGAUAGAAAGGCUGUCAGAUGCUGAUAAAGGGAAGGUCAAACUAAAUACAUUGAUGAAAAAAUUGAGUACUGUUUUAGGAGAGCAGGUAGAUGUCAGUGAUGUAUAUGAUGCUCUGAAAGACAUGAAACUUGAGGUCACAGACAAGGAGUACUUUCAUUUAGUAAAAACUCUGCCACUUGAUGCUGAAGGAAAGGUGUAUCAAAAAAGGUUACUGGAUGGUGUGAAGACUCUUAAAAGAGGAAAGGUUGAUAUGAAUAACCUGGACACAUUUCUGGAAAAUAUGGGGAUUAAGCUCUCACAUAAAGAACUUGAAGAUUUUUCACAAAACCUACCAGUUGAUGCUGAUGGGAAGGUUGAUCUGGAAGAUGUGACACUGAAAAUGAAAGACUUUACAGGAGAAAAGAUUGAUGCCACUGAUCUGAAAAACAUCCUUAGAGACAUGGGGAUAGAAGUCAAUGAUAAGGAAUGUCUUGAUCUACGAAAAUCACUACCAAUUGAUGAUGAUAAGAAAGUUUUUCAGAAUAGAUUGCUAUCAGCUUUGAAGUCUUUCAAAGGAGGAAAGAUUGGUGUCAAUAACCUGAACACAGUUCUGGGGAACAUGGGGAUCAAGCUCAAACAUAAGGAGCUUAGAAGUGUAGUACAAAAUCAACCUGUGCGUGCUGAUGGAAAUGUUUCUCUGAAAAAAGUGAUGAGUGAUGUGACAGCAGUUACAGGAGAAAAAGUUAAUGUCAAAGAUCUGAAGAAUAUUUUGGAAGACAUUGGGAUAGAAUUCACACCUAAAGAAUACCUGGAACUGGUAAAACAUCUUCAAGUUGAUGAUUAUGGAAAUGUAUAUAAAAAUACAUCACUAGAUGCUGUGAAAUCUUUCAAUCGUGGGAAAGUUGAUGUCAGUAAGCUAGAAGACAUUUUAGAAAACAUGAAAAUCAAGCUCCCAGAUGAGAAACUUAAAGAUUUGUUACAAAACCUGCCAACUGAUGCUUCUGGGAUGGCUGAUCUGCAUAAACUGCUAAAAGAAAUAAAGAAAUUCACAGGAGGAAAAGUAGAAGCCAAGGACAUACACAAAACACUGGGAAAUAUGGGGAUAGAGCUCACAGAUCGAGAGCUCUGGGAGCUGUUGAAACUGUUGCCGGUUACUGCUGAUGGAAAGGUAGAGAAAAAUACAUUGCUCGAUUAUAUAAAAGCUUUUCCUGGUGGAAGGUGUCAAACCUCUAAAAUAGAAAGCGUCCUGGAAAACUUGGGUUAUGAGCUGGAGGAUGAGGAACUUGAGGACCUGCGGAACCAUCUGCCAACUGAUGAUAAAAAGGUUAAACUGAACACACUCAUGAAAACUGUAGAGCCAUUCAGAGGAAUCAAGGUUCAUGUUGAUGAAGUAGGUGAUGUUUUGGAAAACAUAGGGAUAGAGCUCACGCCUAAGGAACUCUGGAAGCUGCUGAAAACUCUGCCAAUUACUUCUGAUGGAAGGGUGUAUCGCAGUCGGUUGCUGGAUGGUUUAAAGACUUUCCCAGGCGGGAAAAUUUUAGAGAAUAAAAUAGAAACCAUUUUGGAAAACUUGAACUAUGACCUUGAAAAGAAAGAAAUCCAAGAUCUACGCAAUCAUCUGAAAAGUGACAAUAAUGGAAAGAUUGCACUGAACUCCUUUAUGGGUACAGCAAAUUUAUUUUCUGGUAGUAAAAUUAAUGCCAGUGACACACAACUUUAUCUGAAAAAUGUAGGAAUUGAAUUAACAAGGAGAGAAAGCCAGGAGCUGCUGAACAUACUGCCAUUGGAUGAUAAUAAAAAGGUGUAUAAGAAUAGAUUGAUGGAUGGAGUGAAGACAUACAGAGGAGGAAAGGUAAAUGUCAGUAAACUAGAUGAUGUUCUUGAAAACAUGGGAUUCCCACUUGAGGAGGAAGAAAUUGAGGAACUGUGCACUCACCUGCCAAUUGACGGGAAGAGAAGAGUCAAACUGGAUAAACUUCUGGAUGAAAUGCAUGAACUUCUAGGGGAAGAAGUUAAUUCUGAAGACCUGGAAAAUAUUCUGAAAAACAUAGGGUUAAGACUCAGACUGAAGGAGAACACUGUGUUGAUGAAAAGUUUGCCACUUGAUGCUUCUGGGAAGUUAUAUAAGCAUAGGUUGCUGGAUGGUAUAAGGUCUCUCAAAGGAGUGGAUCUUAAUAUUAAUAAGUUAGGAUCCUUCUUAGAGAAUAUGGGCUUUGACCUGGGAAAAGAGGAAUACCUUGACCUGCUCAGCAACCUGCCUGCUGAUGAUGAGGGAAAGAUUGAAGUGAAUGUGGUAAUGGAUGAAGGAAAUCUUUUUACAGGUGAGAAGGUUGAUACAAGUAACCUGGAAACCUUUCUGGGAAAUAUGGGGAUAAUGCUCACAGAAGAGAAAGGCCUGGAACUACAGAACAAGCUUCCAGUUGAUGACAAAGGAAAGGUGUAUGUGAACAGAUUGAUGAAAGAGCUAAGGUCUCUUGAAGGGGUGAAGAUGUCUCCAAAUAAGGUGGACACUUUCUUGGAAAACAUGGGAAUUGAUCUCAAGGAAAAAGAAAUCCAGGAACUAAAGGACUGCCUACCAGUUGAUGAUAAUGGGAAGAUUGACUUAAAUGUGCUGAUGGAUGAAGUUAAAAAUAUCACAGGAGAGAAGAUUCCUACUGAGGACCUGAAAAAUGUUCUGAAAGACAUGGGAAUAAAGAUCACAAACAAGGAACAUAAAAAGCUUCUGAAAACUCUGCCAGUUUCUGCUGAUAAAAAAGUGUUUGAGAAAGAAUUACUGGAGGGUGUGAAAUCUUUCAAAGGAGGAAGGGUUAGUGUCGGUGACCUAAAAAAUGUUCUACGAAAUACUGGGUUCAGACUUGAAGAAAACGAAAUCCAGGACCUGCAGAGCCACCUACCAGUUAUUGACGAUGAAAAGGUUGAUUUGGCUACGUUGAUGGAAGCAGCUAGUGCUUUUACAGGAGAAAAGGUUGAAGCCAAUGACUUAAAAAACGUACUGAGAAACAUGGGAAUUGAGAUCACUGAAAAAGAACAGUUGAUGCUGUCGAAAACUCUGCUAAUCUCUAGAGACGGAAAGGUGUAUAAGAAGAGAUUACUGAAUAGUGUGAAGCUUCUCAAAGGGAAAAAAGUCAAUGUCAAGAACCUGAACACCCUUGUAAAGAACAUGGAGAUUGAGCUUGAGAAAGAGGACUAUCAGGACUUACUGAGCCACCUGCCCAUUGAUGAGAAUAAAAUGGUUGAUUUGAAUGUGGUGAUGGAUGAUGCAAAAGCUUUUACAGGUGAGAAAGUUAAUGUCAAGAAUCUGAGCAAUGUGAUGAGGAAAAUGGGGCUAGUCCUUACUGAGGAGGAGAAGCAGCAGCUGCUGAAAACUCUGCCCAUUCACACUGAUGGAAAAGUAUACAAUAAUAGAUUGCUAAAAGGUGUGAAGGCCCUCAAUGGACCAAGAGUCAAACUCAGAAGGGUGAAAUCCGUCUUGGAAAACAUGGGGACUAAACUCAAGGAUGAGGAACUUGAGGAACUAAUGACCCAAGUACCAAUUGAUGGUGAUAGAACAGUUGGUCUGAAUGAUUUGAUGGAUGCUGUCGGUUGCAUCAAGGGAGAGGUGAUUGAUAUCCAGGACUUAGACAACUUUCUAGCAUGUGAGGGGAUCAAGCUCACAGAAGAAGACAUGAAGGAGCUAAUGUCUCAUUUGACUGUUAAUGGAAAUAGGAAGGUUAGAGUGGAUUCAAUAAUGGAGGGCCUAAAGAAGUUUAAACCAAAAGGGAUGGUGCCACUAUAUAAGUUGAUGAAAACUGGACAUGAUACUAAAGAAAGAGUUAUUGGCCCUAUGGCAGUUUCUGACAUUAAAUCAAAAUUUAAGCUGAAUCCUCUAACAAAAGUACCCAGCUCCCAUGGCAAGAGGGAUAAAGAUUUACCAGGAUCUCUCCCCUGCCAAAGCAAAGCAAAGAAGCUGAAUGCUUCACAAAUGCAAGCCUUCCAAGAUGCCUACAGCUUCUUUAACAAGGAUAAAACUGGCUGUAUUGAUUUACAUGGAAUGAUGUGCACUUUAGCUAAGUUGGGAAUGAAUCUAACCAAGCAUGAUGUCUAUAAUGAAUUAAGAUGUGCUGAUAUUGAUCGAGAUGGGAAGGUGAAUUUCUCAGACUUUAUAAAGGUGCUAACAGAUAAGAACCGCUUCCUUCAAGCUGUGGUUCCAGAAAAGGAGAAAUGUUUAGAUUUAGCUGGCAACCCAGGGAUCCUGUUGUUUGAAAUCCUAUCAAAGCUUGUAGAGACUUCAGCUUUACCCAGAAAGGCUAUAAUGGAAAUAGUAAGCUAUUUCCGAAGAAAAUUCCAGGAUACCACAUCAGGAAUGUCAUGGAGUCCCUACACUAUGGGUUAUGAGAAAAGGAGAUUUAAGCCAGACAUAUGCACACCUUCAAGUUCAAGCACAGCUGCCUUUGCUAACGCCGCCCGGAUCAAAAUAAUGAAAGAAAAGGAUUUACUUAAAUUUCUUGAAGAGCUCAAGAGGUGCAGUCCUCCUUCAGAUAGCCCAUAUUCAAAAAUACCCAUCUUUCCAUUGUUUCCUAACAUGGAUGGGGUAGUGAUGGGAAAGCCAUUCAAAGACAUACAGAAAUUAGAAAUGCAAAGGAGAAAGGAGCCUCUGGAUUUCUUUGAGAACUAUUUUUUCCAUAAAAGAGACUGGAAGACACAGGCAGCAAAUAUAAAGCCUUUUGACCCAGUCUCAGGCUAUCCAAGUGACAUUCUGGCCAUUGACCAAAUACUCAAGAAGAAGCAGAAUUGGACGGUGACAGAUGCAGCUGCUAUUAAACAGCACGUGAAAAGGGCUACAGAUGCUUAUAACUUGGGAAUUGCCCUUGAGCACCGGAAGGACAUGCUAAACCUCUGGCGGAAGAUCCGAGGGGAUCUGAUUGGAGUAGACACUAAAAAUGAGUCCUUUUAUGACACCUUUUCUACCUACACAUGGUCCUGGAAUGUUUGCCAAGAAUUACUUUCGCCGAAGGACUUAAGGUUAUAUGAUGCCUACAUGAAUAGAAAUACCUUCCACAACUCUGUAGUCUCUUCAUCCUCGGAUAUCAGUGAAUGUGACACAGAGACAGGAAGAAAAAGAAAACGGAAAGGUUUCAAAAGGUUUUGACAAUGAAAUUCUACAUUUUCUAAACAGCUCAUUGCAAACUACCUUUUUCAUAGAUAUCAAAAUUAUGGUUUCUUGCUUUUGUCUAGUACAUUCUUAGCAGCUGUUGACAUCUUUUGAAUUCUGACCAGUAAAAAAGUUUAAGUCAUAAUGCAGUUUGCCUUUCCUAAUUCUUGACGAGUAAACAGAGGCCAUGCGGUUAUCUCCCCAGCAAACAGCUGCGCUCUGCUGCCCCCAUCUGGCUCAAAACUGCCUGGGCAGAAGGAGAAAGUCGAACGUGGGCGCUUACCUCAACGCAGGGUUGCCCCUGUGAGCCCCUAAGGGCCCUCCCGGUAGGUAAUAAGCAUCUGAAUUUACGUGACCGUAAGUGACAUCAGGUUUUUGGUUAUUUGUAAAAGAGUCCAGAGGCAGCAGAUGACAAUGAUCUUUCAGUUCCAGGGAAUAAUAUUACCAUCUCCCAGGGAAUCUUAGUUGAAUUUGAGUGUUCCUAAGGCUCCGUCACACAUCAUCAGGCUGAUCUCUUGGAUCCGUCUUAAAAAUAGUUGACCCCUCCAUCACA